AUGAACAUACGUCGAAAUCGACGAAAGUCAGUUCUUCUAUCAGCAACGCGAAAAAUACAGAUCUUUAUUGUAUUGAAAACGUGGCCCUACUGGGUCUUCGGAAUGAUAGAGAGCAGUAUGCCAAUAUUUAUCAUUGCUGACAAAAUGAGUACGAGUAACUGCGUAUCAUCUCGGACGGCUGGGCUGCGUACGACGAAAGAUACUUCUUCUACAAAGCAAAGAAAAGAAUGUGCGAUUUAUUUGAAUGGAAAACAAAAGGCGCUACUGGGUAUUUGGCAUGAU